AUGGCGACGUCCACGGGAGCUGCAUCGUACACUAACACUAAAUCCCCCACUAUUCGGCGCAUACUCCGCGAGGCUGCAGAGCUCUCAAGUACACCGUCUCCUGAUUACACCGCGGAGCCAUUAGAGUCGGACCUCUUUGAAUGGCAUUUUACUCUUCGAGGGCCCCCGAACUCCGCAUAUAGCCAAGGUGUCUACCAUGGUCGAAUAAUUCUACCUCCCGCAUACCCUCUUCGACCUCCGAGCUUUCGAUUCUCUACCCCAAAUGGCCGAUUCGAGGCCAACCGUGAAAUCUGCCUCAGCAUAAGUGGCCAUCACGAAGAAACAUGGCAGCCGGCUUGGGGUAUUCGGACCGCUCUUGUCGCGCUCCGCAGCUUCAUGGAGACAGAUGUGCAAGGCCAGCUAGGUGGCAUGGAGACUACCGAGGCGGUUCGCCGCCGGCUGGCCCAAGAAUCAGUUUCUUUCAAGUGCGCCGUAUGUGCCAAGUCCAAUGCGGAUAUCAUCGCUGAAUGCGAAGAUCGGUGUAAAGAAACGACGUCUUUGUGUCAUGAGAUAUCAGUUCCUGCCGAAUUAAAUAUGGGCUGGAGAGAUGAGCUUGAGGCAGCUAAGAAUGACCAAUCAUCAUCAACCCACCCAUCAGAAAGCUCUUCUGAGGUUGCUCAGGGUGGUGAGCUGCCUAUAACUGAGCCAUCCGAAGCUGAGCUGGCAGAAGGGUUUGUUCAGACAACACCAAACGUCACCGACGGCUUCUCAACGCAUCCACCAGCUCCGAUCCUGGGUAUCAGAAAUCGGCAACCCCCCUCCACCGCUAGACCCACGGGAACAGGGGCAGAAGCAGUGCCUCUAUGGAUAGAUAGGAUGAUUGUAGCUUUAGUCAUCUUGCUGGUUGCCAUUGUUUUAAAGGUCUUACUCGGUGUAUAA